GGUGCUGUCGACAUAGAGAAAGCUAUCAAAUUGCUAAACAAAUGCAAAAAGGAAACCGGAGCUACAGAAAAUGUUGAAGAGAUGAUUAAAACCAAAAAACCAUUCCUACCACUCCUGAAGGAAAAGUUAAAGAUGAGAGGAUUAAAUACGAAAGCCAUAUCGGACUUCAUGGAGGCCAAGUAUGCUGACACACCUGAGAAACUGGAAAAGGCCGCUGAGACCUUGGCUAAGUGUAGUACCAUUG